AUGGCCGGCGAUUCUGAAACUCCGCUGCUAUUGGAGAGUGUAGACGGUGUAGUCGACUUCAAGGGUCGGCCAGCCCUACGAUCAAAAUCUGGUGGCUGGAAAGCUGCUGCUUUCAUUAUAAGUGUGGAAGUGGCUGAGAGGUUUGCUUACUAUGGAAUUACUUCAAACCUCAUCAAUUAUUUGACCGGACCACUCGGUCAAUCCACCGUAACUGCAGCCGAGAACGUCAACAUCUGGUCUGGAACUGCCUCCUUACUCCCUCUGCUCGGUGCUUUUCUUGCUGACUCCUUUCUUGGCCGUUACCGCACCAUCUUUAUUGCAUCACUUUUUUAUAUUCUGGCACUGAGCCUAUUGACGCUGUCCGCUACACUGCCUUCCAAUGUCCACGCCCAACCAAUUUUAUUCUUCUUUUCUCUAUAUCUUGUUGCAUUUGCACAAGGUGGACAUAAGCCUUGUGUUCAGGCUUUUGGAGCUGAUCAAUUUGAUAUCAACCAUCCGCACGAACGCAAGUCUAGAAGCUCCUUUUUCAAUUGGUGGUAUUUUACCUUUACUGCAGGUGUCCUUGUCUCUCUAUCCAUCUUGAACUAUAUUCAGGACAAUGUUGGUUGGGUUCUAGGUUUUGGCAUCCCUUGCAUUGGAAUGCUAAUAGCCUUGUCUCUUUUCUUGCUUGGAACUUGGACAUACCGCUUUAACAUCCCUCAUGAUCAACAACGCGCCCCUUUUUCCAGAAUUGCUAGGGUGUUUUUCCUUGCACUCACCAACUUCCAAACUACUCAACAGGAACCUCACCAACCUUCUCAACAAUUUAGUUUCUUGAACAAAGCAUUAAUUGCAUCAGACGGAUCAAAGGAAAAGGGGAAAGCUUGUAGUGUUUCUGAGGUUGAAGAAGCGAAGGCAAUCCUCAGGCUUGUUCCAAUAUGGGCUACAAGUUUAAUUUUUGCCAUUGUGUUUUCCCAGUCUUCUACCUUCUUUACGAAACAAGGUGUUACAUUGGACAGGAAAAUUUUGCCUAGUUUUUAUGUACCCCCUGCUUCUCUUCAAUCCUUUAUCAGUCUCUCUAUUGUUCUUUUUAUUCCUGUUUAUGACCGUAUUAUUGUUCCUAUAGCAAGAACCUUUACUGGUAAACCCUCUGGCAUCACUAUGUUACAGAGAAUUGGAACUGGGAUGCUUUUUUCUGUAAUUUCUAUGGUAAUUGCAGCUUUUGUUGAGAUGAAAAGACUCAAAGUGGCUCGUGACCACGGGCUAAUUGAUAUGCCAAAUGUGACCAUACCUAUGAGCAUCUGGUGGUUGAUUCCUCAAUAUGUUUUGUUUGGAGUAUCUGAUGUCUUUACAAUGGUAGGUCUGCAAGAAUUUUUCUACGAUCAGGUCCCAGAUGAAUUGAGAAGUGUGGGUCUUUCCCUCUAUUUAAGUAUUUUUGGGGUUGGGAGUUUUUUGAGUAGCUUUCUCAUCUCUGCUAUUCAAAAAGGAACAAGUAAAGAUGGAUCUGAUGGCUGGUUUGCAAGUAAUCUUAAUCACGCGCAUCUUGAUUACUUCUAUGCUCUUCUGGCUGUUCUUAGUGUGGUGGAAUUAUCCGCCUUCUGGUUUUUCUCAAAAUCUUAUGUUUAUAAGAGAACAAGGACAUAG